AUGACCUUAUGGAAUACAACAUCCCAUCUGCACUUUCUGGACGGUUCCACUGGGACAGAUCAAUUAUCGAAACCAAAUUUAACAGAUCGGAUGAUUUCAGAUAUUGACCAACUGUCUGAUGCUACAGAUAUAAGUGAUGAUUAUGAUGAUGAUGGCUGUCUAGAAGAUGACGUGUACCAUUCAUUUCCUGGUCCAUUAAUUAAUGAUUCAAUAUGCUCUUUUGUUGCAACUCAAAAAAUGUUCGUUGACCAACAUUGGUAUCAUUGUUUCACGUGUAAUCUACAAGAAUCGCAUGGUGUCUGUUCUGUCUGUGCUAAAGUAUGCCAUUUUGGGCAUGAUUUAAGUUAUGCUAAAUACAGUGGAUUCUUUUGUGACUUUAUUACCGGUCAACAAGAAACUGACUGGGGACAAACCAACCUGAUCGCUCAACAAAUAUGUGGGUGA